CGUUCAGUUCCAAGCUUGACGCUCGCUUCGGUUCCAAGUAGAACAGAUCCCACCAAAAUAUCUCGAACGGCGUGUUUUGCAUCUAUUAAAAAUUUGAGUUAAAAUCAUUUUUGGCCGUUUGCUCAUCGAUUGUAUACCUAUUCGUAUUUAUUAUGGCGGCGGCUGAUCAUAAAUUGUGCUGCACUUUGGCGUUCAGCGCUUUAUUGUGUUUCGGCUUGGUGGCUAUUAUUCAGGCUCAAGCGCAGGGGAAGCCCGUUACUGACGUUUGUCUAGGCUGCAUUUGUGAUGCCAUCAGUGGCUGCAAUCGCACAAGGUACUGUGGCGGAGGAGUCUGUGGACUGUUUCGCAUCACUUGGCCCUACUGGGCAGAUGGUGGCAAAUUGACUUUGGCCAAUGAAAGUCCCCAAUCGGAAGAGGCUUUUGCCAACUGUGUGAAUGAUCCCUACUGUGCGGCCAACACCAUUCAGAAUUACAUGAUUAAGUUCGGGCAGGAUUGCAAUAACGAUGGUCAAGUCGAUUGCUACGAUUAUGCUGCUAUACAUAAGCUGGGCGGCUAUGGCUGCUCUGGCGAGCUCAACUAUCAGUAUCAGAAUACUCUGCAAACAUGUUUGAAUACCUUCCAACAGAUUGAUGUACGUGCACAGCCCUAAUUUAAAGUCUUAUUAUUUAUAAAUAUUACAUCUUUCAUCUUAAAUUUCGACAAUUGUGAAUUGUGCAAAAUAUUUUAAUUGUAUGAACUUAUGCCAUUGAUAUUUCUGCUUAAAUAAAAUUAUGUCUGUUAACAAAAUA